AUGCAAGUGAUCGGGAUCCUGCGUGUGCUGUGUGUCCUUGGCUUCGUGGGUGCAUCAUCGUGUGUCAAUGAGAUUGAGUAUGAAGGAAACUACGCAGACAACUAUGGCAAUGAGAUCUCACAGGACCAACAGGAGGAGGGAACAAACACACCAUGUCCGCCUGCAGAUUUCUCCCGCUGGGACAAGCUUUUCAUCGCUCUGGAAGACUCCCACAUGAGGCAGAACAUGCUACUGGAGUCUCUGGAGCAAUGUUGCGGAGGAAUGGUAUCUCUGAGGACCCAGGUGGACAAGCUGGCGAAGGGGACGUGCCAGCAGUGUCUACCUAGCCUCGAGUCAUCGUGCAGGGUGCAAGCAGAGCAGGCGAGUGUCAGGGUGCACCGAGGCUUGCUGGAGCUCCGAGAGGAGACAGCGGAGAAGGAGAGGAGGUUAAACGCAACCCUGCAGCAGCUCCUGCACAGCAGCCACGAGGGGAAUGCCCGUCUGAAGCGUCUGGAGGAAGGCAGAGGCAGGACGGGGCACCAGCCAACACCGAGACCUGGAGGUUUAGGGUCCACAUUAGGCCUGGGGAUGAAGCCGUUCACAUCUGGCCUGAAGGAGCAGGAGGUGACCUCACCGCUGGAUGUGGCCACAAUUGAAAAGGCCCUGGUUGCCAUAGCAACAGAGCUGCAGAUGGUUCACCUGCAGCUGAGCAGAGUGAUAGAGCAGACAGGGACACUGAGGAAGGACAGAGGAGACACAUAAAUUGCCCAGAGGGGAAAUAAUAAGAUUGACUGGGGACACUACAGUAAUAAUGAUUUUGCACUUACUCGGUUUUCAAUGUUGUUUUUCACUGGGCUUUUUGAAAAAAUAUGUGGCCAUGUGAG